AUGGGAAGUCCUUGGGAAGGCUGCGAUUUCUGUUCAGCUUCGCUGCAGAAGGACAGUACUCCACUCGCCGGGAAUUCUCUCCAACCUACUGGCGGUAGACGAGGCAUCCGAGAGCGAACGGAGAGACUGAGGAUCUCUGACAUGCAGCAAAACAAGAUAUUUGAGAGGGAAGUUCGCCUCCGGGAAGAGAAUCAGAGAUAUCAGAGAAUCAUCGAGGCCCAGAGGAAGGAGUUGCAUCAGCUUCGAGACGCGCAAACCAAAGCAGCAGCCAUGAGAAACGAACUCGUAUCGUUUCUUCAGCAGGCCAUCAACGACGUGAUGGCGAAGAUUGCCGGGCUGCGAAGGCUGUCUGCCUCAGAGCCGCACAAAAAGUUGCUAGGCGUCCAUCACGUCGGCGACUUGACGAUGGUUGACCGCGAGGAAGUUUUGAAGAAGCUGUUGACUCAACAGCGAGUUGUGAGACUUCUUCAAGACAUCGUCGCCGCAAACGAACCUGGCACCGGACACCUCGACCUGUCAUGGCUGGCCGACGCGUAG